AUGAAGGUUCUUUUCAACAUCUUUGCCAUCAUUCUUCUUAUUGAGGCUGCUGCCGCACAAACAUGCUCCCUCUGUCCCGGUGGAUCUGGUUCCAUCACUGACCCCAAUGCCAAGCUCGGGACCUCCACUUGUGGGAAGGUCGAAUCCGAUUUGAACCGAAUUCCAAAUGCUGCUUGUACCGCAAUGUCGCUCAGUGUCAACUUCUACUUUGACUACUCUGCCUUUUGCUGUUCUGAUGUCCCAACUCCAGAAAAAGAAACUUGCGAUGUGUGCAAGGAUGGUUACAUUAUCAUGCAAGACGAAAUUCAAACUCCCGGAAAUAACUUGGUUGGAACUUGCGGAGAGCUCAAGUUGGCUUCGUUCUAUGCCGAAGCAGGACCAGCAUGUAAUAUUCUACAAGAAGCCGCUAUCUCAUGUUGCGAACGUGCUCCACCAACUGAAUCCCCAACCAAACGUCCCACUACACCACCCACUGCCUCCCCAACUAAGUCCCCUGCACCCACGGAACCUCCAGUGGGAACCACCACACAGGAGGGAGAAGGCAAUCCUGCCAUCAAUGCUGCCGAAGGGUCACAGCCAGACGAUGAAGCAAGUGGUGCUUCUUCUAGGUCUAUGAUGCUUCUUGGAGCUGUUGCCCUUGUAAUGUCAUAUAUCAUCUAA